AUGCCGCCCAAGCUCGCACGCAAAGUCCCAGCCUCUGGCCACCAACCACGAGCAGGACGCCCAUCCUCCGCAACAAGCUCACCCGCAAAAGCGCGCAAGUCCGCCGUGAAGGCAGGCAAGCAACCAGCCGGGAAACGGGCCUCCAAUGUCCAGCCCGGCGACCCAACCCCACAAGGCCGACGCCGGCGCUACAAGCCCGGCACCGUGGCCCUCAAAGAAAUCCGCCGGUACCAACGCUCCUACGACCUCCUGAUCGCCAAAUUGCCCUUCGCGCGGCUAGUCCGUGAAGUCGCGCUCGAUCUCCUGCCUGCCGAAGUCGGCGCCCAGCUGCGGUGGCAGUCGCAUGCGAUCCAGGCGCUGCAAGAAGCGGCAGAGGCGUUCAUGGUGCAUCUCUUUGAGGACACGAAUCUGUGUGCCAUCCAUGCGAAGCGCGUUACCAUUAUGCAGAAGGAUAUUCAGCUUGCGAGGCGGAUUCGUGGGGUUUGGGCCGGUCUCGGGUGA